AUGAAGAUACGCCCGCGAAGCACCCAGCCCUUGAACAUCAAGGAGAAUCGAACGAUAAAGGAGACUAACGGGCAAGUCGAGAAAGCAGACUUUUUGGGGGAAGUGGAGAAUCGGACGAUCCACAAGGAAGGAGCGAUCUUGGCCUUGUGCGGUGAGAAAAUCGGCAGAGAGAUGGCGCCGAAGAUGCCGGCCCUUUCAGUGGGGCCCACAUUCUUUUUCUUCACCGCUGUCACGGUUUUCUUCUUCUUCACGGCCUCGGGCGUUUUGACCUCGCUCAGCCUCUUCGUCUUAUUCUUCUUCGUCGUCUUCUCAACGGCCGAUUUUCGGAUCGCCGGUUUUUUUCCGGCAGCCGUGCCGGUUUUCUUUGGAGGAAUUGAGGUUUUCGCCGCGGCCGGAAUCUUGUACGAGCCCUUGACCUUCGAGAUCUUCUCAGAUCUGACGAGCCUCUUCAAUUGGACGGACAGGAUUUUCCGAAAGUUUGUAGGGAGCGAUUUCGAGUAA